AUGGCCGAGAAAUAUCAGCAAUUAAUCAAGCUCAUUCUUGUGGGUGAUAGCGGCACUGGAAAGUCUUCUCUCCUUCAUAGAUUUGUAGAAGAUACUUUUUCAGAACAACAGGCACAGACAAUUGGUGUUGAGUUUGGCUCGAAAAUUGUUCA